AUGUUUUCGAACGCGCUCAAGUCGAUCUCCGCGACCAACAUCACCGGCAACUACACAAUCUCUCCCAACGCGACAUCGACGGCUGGCCCGUGGCGAAUCUACGAUGCCAAGAAGAAGUCGACCGGCAAGCCCUACAGCGUCUUUGUCUUUGACAAGAAGUCGCUCGACGCCCACGGCAGCUCUCUAGGUCGCUCCAGUGCCACGUCAUUCAAGAAGACGGUCGAAGAGGUUGUGGAGCGCUUGAAGAAGGAAGCCUCGAGUCUGGCCAAGCUGCGGCACCCCAACAUUCUCGAGCUCGUUGAGCCUGUGGAGGAGACGAGAGGCGGUGGCUUGCAGUUUGUGACAGAGCCUAUCACGGCGUCGCUAGCAAGCCUGCUGCAAGAAAAAGAUGAGCAAGAACGGUCCGGUGGCCCGGGUGGUCGCUCGAGUCGCUACGUAACCGAGGACUCGGACGGCGUGCGUCGCAGGAGGGAGCUCGAGAUUGAUGAGCUCGAGAUUCAAAAAGGUCUCUUGCAAGUCAGCAAAGCUCUGGAAUUCUUCCACGAGAAUGCAGGGCUUGUCCAUGGCAAUCUCACACCUGAUGCCAUUCUCGUCAACUCCAAGUCCGAUUGGAAAGUAAGCGGCCUUUCCUUCUGCAGCCCGGCAGACGGCUCCAACAAGCCAACAUCGAUACAGGGCAUCAGCCUCCAUGAGGUCCUCAACCUGGACCCUCGGCUGCCGAAAUACGUCCAGCUCAAUCUCGACUACACAUCCCCCGAUUUUGUCAUGGACAACAACCUGACAUCCUCCGCUGACAUGUUCUCCUUGGGCCUGCUAUCCGUGGCCCUAUACAACUCCCCACACCGAUCGCCUCUCGAGAGCCAUGGCAGCAUUUCCACGUACAAGCGUCUCUUCUCGUCUUCAUCGACCGUCCCAUCGGGGUCCAACAGCUUUCUCAGCUCACGGCCGCUGCCAAAGGAGCUCGCCAAUCACGUCCUGCCGCGCCUCAUCACGCGGCGACCUGCGCAGCGGAUGACAGCACGCGAGUUCCAAGAGAGCGAGUACUUUGACAAUAUCCUCGUGUCGACAAUCCGAUUCCUUGAUUCCUUUCCGGCCAAGACGCCGAAUGAGAAGUCCCAGUUCCUGCGCGGUCUGAACAAGGUGCUGCCCUCGUUUCCCAAGUCCGUCAUGGAGAAGAAGAUCCUGCCAGCUCUCCUGGAUGAGCUAAAAGACAAGGACUUGCUGUCUUUGAUUCUUCAAAAUGUCUUCAAAAUUGUCGACCUCCUCCCCUCGGCGCGUCGAGCUUUUAGCGAGCGUGUCCGUCCAGCGCUGAAGGACAUCUUCGUCACAAACGCAAAGCAAACACAAGAAAAGGAUGCCGCCCGAGAUGCUGGUCUUAUGGUAUUCCUUGAAAACUUGGCUUCCGCAGCCAACAACUGCAAUGGCAAAGAAUUCAAAGACGAUAUUUUGCCUGUUGUCGUUGCUGCGAUUGAAUGCCCUACACCGUCCAUAGUCGACGCAGCUCUCCGCAGUCUACCAGUGGUCCUACCUGCUCUCGACUUUAGCACAAUCAGAAACGAGCUGUUCCCUAUCGUCGCGGCUGUCUUCAGCAAGACCAACAGCUUGGCUAUCAAAGUCCGCGGUCUGCAGUCGUUUGUCAUUCUAUGCGGCGGCUCCAACGAAGGGCCCACCGGUGACGACGGUCUCAGCGGCCUCACGCAAGAAAAGAAGAAGACGUCUUCGUCUACCGCGCUGGACAAGUAUACCAUGCAGGAAAAGAUUGUACCGCUCAUCAAGGUCAUCAAGACCAAGGAGCCCGCCGUCAUGAUGGCGUCCCUCAACGUGCUCGGCAUCGUCGGCGACGUGGCCGAUGCCGACUUUGUCGCCAUGGACAUUCUACCCAUCCUGUGGAGCAUGAGCCUCGGUCCACUGCUCGAACUCAAGCAGUUUCAAGCCUUCAUGUCGCUCAUCAAGACGCUCUCGCGCCGCGUCGAAGACGAGCAGACGCGCAAGCUGCAGGAGCUGGCCGGCACCUCCAACGGCGCCACCGCAGCGCCCAACGAGGACUUUCUCGCCUUUGGCGGCGUCACCGGCACCGCGUUUGACAGCGCCGCCAACGGCGCCACGGCCGAUGACUUUGAGGCUCUCGUCAAGGGCAAGGCCAGCACCAGCAGCCCCAACCCGGGCAGCAACGGCUUCGCGAGCUGGGAUGCGCCCCAGACCAACCCUGUCGCCGCCGCUGCCGCCGCCAAAUCUCCCGUCAGCCCGCAAGCACCCGCUUUUGCCUGGUCGACGCAGACCCCCAUCAGCCCUGCCGCGUCGGCCGGCCGCUCGUCGUUUUCGCAGCAGCAGCAAGCCAGCUUCCGUACCGUGACGCCGGACCUUGCGCGCUUCGAGCCCAUGGCGCCAUCCUCGACACAAUACAGUCAGCCGCUGCAGCCCUCGUCGUCUGGCUUUGCACAGCCUACCAACGCAGCUACAGCACAGUCCACGUCCUCUUCCCUAAACUGGGGCUCUGCGGCUGCGGCCACGCCCAAUCCCUGGUCCUCGCCGAGCGGUCCCAGCACGCCCAACUACAGCGGCAUGGGCGCGGGCGGCGGCGCCAGCAGCAGCAUGGCGUCGUCCAUGGCCAGCAUGUCCAUGGGCGGAAACCAGCCGCAGCGGCCGUCACUGCCAAACCAGUCAAGCUCAUUUUCGCUGCCGCCACCACCAGGGGGCGGGGCGAGCAAGCCCGCGGCGUUUGGGGGCAUACAGCCGAGCAGUGCCUCGUCGUGGGCUAACAGCGGGAGCGGGAGUACUAUGGGUGGCAUGAUGGCCCACCACCAGCACCAGCAGCAGCAGCAGCAGCAAAGGACGCUGAGCGGCGGUGGCAUGGGCGGCGCCAGUACGACGAGUAGCGGUGUGAAUGCAAACGCUCGUGCGACGGGCCAGUCAAAGAGCGGGUUGGACAAGUACCAAAGCCUGAUAUAG